AUGUCAAAAUUUCACCGGCAAACUAUUUCUAUACGGGAAGUUGGUGCACAUAACACGUCCAACGAUUGCUGGAUUGCUGUUGAAAACCAGGUUUGGGAUGUGACAGAUUUUCUCUCCGAGCAUCCUGGAGGACCGAACAUCAUCCUCAAAUAUGCUGGACGAGAUGCAACAAAAGCAUACUCAGAAAUCCAUCCCCCAAGUCUUAUCCAGAAUAACCUGCCCCCUGAAAGACUCAAGGGCAUUAUAGACGAAAGCACCAUCGACGAUGAAUGGCUCAAAGAACCCCCAGAACAAAACAUAGAACGUACCUCAUCAUCCAACGAAAAGCCCCCUCUAACCACCCUCAUAAACGCGCACGACUUUGAAGUCAUCGCCUCCAAAACCGCCACCGCAAAGACAUGGGCCUUCUACUCCAGCGCCUCCAACGACCUCAUCACCCGUGACGCCAACAAAUCCUUCUUCGACCGCACCUGGUUCCGCCCCCGUGUUCUCCGCAAAGUUCGGAAUGUAAACACCAAUACCAAAAUCCUGGGAUGCGACAGCAGCAUGCCCCUCUUCGUCAGCCCCGCCGCAAUGGCCAAACUCAUCCACCCGGACGGCGAGCUCGCCAUCGCCCGCGCUUGUGAGUCCAGGUUCAUCAUCCAGGGUAUCUCAAACAGCGCCAGCUACUCCAUGAAAGACAUCACUGCCGCAGGCCCACAGGCAAACUACUUCUUCCAGCUCUAUGUCAACAAGGACCGCGCCAAGUCCGCCGCACAUCUGCAUGAGUGCUCCGAAAACCCGCGCAUACGCGCUGUGUUCAUCACCGUUGAUGCCGCAUGGCCUGGCAAGCGCGAGGCGGACGAAAGGGUGCGCGCGGACGAAAGUAUUAGCGUCCCCAUGUCAGAGCAGCGGGCGUGUAACGACUCACACGGUGGCGGGUUGGCCCGGUCGAUGUCUGGAUUCAUCGACCCGUCGCUUUCGUGGGAGGAUCUGGUGUGGGCGCGCAAACAUACGCAUUUACCCCUUGUACUUAAGGGAGUGAUGUCUGCUGACGAUGCCAUGUUGGCGAUGAAGGCGGGUCUCAAUGGGAUUCUGCUUAGUAACCAUGGCGGUCGCAAUUUGGAUACCAGCCCGCCGGCGCUACUUACGCUGUUGGAGUUGCAUAAGCGCUGUCCGGAGAUCUUUGAUAAGAUGGAGAUCUAUUUGGAUGGCGGCAUAAGGCGGGGUUCAGAUAUUUUGAAAGCUGUUUGCCUUGGUGCGACGGCGGUGGGGAUGGGCAGAAGUGUGCUAUACGCUACGAACUAUGGGCAGGAGGGCGUGGAGCAUUUGUUUGAUAUCAUGAAAGAUGAACUCGAAGGUGCCAUGAGACUGGUGGGAAUCACGUCACUGGAUGAAGCGCGCCCAGAACUCGUCAAUACAGCCGAUAUCGAUCACCUUAUUCCUAAUUCCGCUUCUCACCCGUAUGCUCGAUCUGUCUCCCGUGGCUCUGGGCAGACUGGUCCGCCGUCAAAAUUGUAG